AUGGACAUGCUGGUGCAGAUCAUGGAAGCUCUGGAGGCCACGAACAUCACAGAGGGCUUCGCCGGCGGCGUGCCGGAGUUGGGGCGGGCGCUGGGCGGCGGCGGCACCCCACUGCAGCGCGCCGUGCUGGGUGCCGCACCGGCCGCCCCACCGACCCUGCCGGCCCUCAGCCCCGAGCAGCGGGCGCUCUUCACCGAGCUCCUGCACCCAGAGGCCCUCGAGCGCGGUGUGGUGCUGGCACCCGACGGCUCCACCGUGGCCGUGGCCCCUUUGCUCGCCGGCCUCGAAGCGGGUCUCAAGUGCGCCCCAACGGCACCCGUCCUCACCGCCACGUCCACGCCGGCGCCCGCCGACCCGCUCUACGCCGUCACCGUGGCCGAAGCCUUGGGGAUGUCCUAUCUGCUGGCCCGCGCCAAUGGCAGCCAGGCCACCCUGGGGCCCGGCGGGUGCUGGGACGACGUGGAGAACCCGCAGGUCUUCACCCUGGAGGGCCCUCCAUCGCCUGUCUCCGACGCCUUCGCCAACGGGGCGCUGGACGGGGUGCUGCUGGGCGCCCGUUUGGCCGAGGCGCCGGUGCCGCUCGCCGCCCUGCUCCGGGGCUACUACUCCUAUGGUGCAGCGGGCGAGCGGGCGCCCAGCAGCUUUCGGCGUGGGCGCUUCGGCACCCGGACGGGGCAGGGGAAGCUGGAGGAGGAGGUGGCAGCUGCCUUGCGCCUGCUGCGGGUGCUGCCCGCCACCCGGUCCCUCUUGGAGGACGUGGGGGACGAGGAGGUGGCGGCCGUGGCUCGUCGGGCGGCGCAGGACUUCACGGACGCCUACGUAGAGUGCCCGGCCGUGAUGCCCCGGUGCAUGUGGGGCGCCCGUCCCUACCGAGGCUCCCCGAGCGCCCUGUCGCCGCCGUUGCCCUUCGUCUACAUCCACCACACGUACGAGCCGGGCGCCCCGUGCCGCACCUUCGCCUCCUGCGCCCGCGCCAUGCGCUCCAUGCAACGCUUCCACCAGGACGCCCGCGGCUGGGACGACAUCGGCUACAGCUUCGUGGUGGGCUCCGACGGGUACCUCUACGAGGGCCGGGGCUGGCACUGGGUGGGCGCCCACACCCGCGGCUACAACCGCCAGGGUUACGGCGUGAGCUACGUGGGUGACUACACGGCCAGGCCGCCCGACGCCGACGCCCUGGCCCUGGUGCGCGACGCCUUCCUGCCCUGCGCGGUGCGGGCCGGCCGGCUGCGGCGUAACUACACCCUCCGGGGUCACCGGCAGAUGGGACGCACCGAAUGUCCCGGCGACUCGCUCUUCCGCGAGAUCGAGACCUGGCACGGCUUCCAGGCCUGCACCCAUGCGUGCACCUGCGGGUGA